AUGUCCAGAUCCUUGCAGUUGCUUCGUCCCAGUGUUUUCAGUCGAAGAUGGAUGUCAAUCUCCAUGAUCCGGAAGAAUGAAGAAGCUCAGGCCAUCGAAGAGGAGUUUCAAAGCACUGCCCGAAAGUUCUGCCGUGACGAGAUUGUUCCAAAUGCACCAAAAUUCGACGAAACCGGGGAGGUGAGAGGAAAUAUUUGUUCGCUUUUAUAAAAUGGGUCAUUUUGACUUGAGAAAGAGGGAAAAUAAGAUGUUUCCACGAAUACCAUAUUAAAGACGAGGUUAUUUUUUAUAAGUGUCAUGCUUUACCCCAUGAAUUGAAUAUAGCUUUUCUGGACCUACCUCUCGUUUUACGCGUCGCGCUGAUGAAUUUUAUAGACUUCUCUAAUAAAUUUUAUUUUUCUGCCUGUGAAAUCCGAGAAAUCUCGCUGAAAAGGUUGUUCAAAUUCACUUGUUUUACUACAACUAUACAAUUCAUCUUCUGAUAUUUUGAAUUGCGAUUGUUUUAGUAUCCAUGGGACAUCGUAAAGAAAGCCCAUGCCCUCGGGCUGAUGAACACAGACACUCCCGAAGAAUUUGGUGGAUUGAAUCUGACAUUGGCUGCCAAAACAAAGAUCUACGAAGAGAUUGCCUAUGGAGACACGGCGAUUGGAACCUCGUUGAUGGUCAAUGAGCUGGCUCAGAUACCUAUUUUAUAUGCUGGAAGUAAUUAUUUGAAGGAAAAAUAUAUGGGAUGGAGUUUGAAGGAGCCUAUUCUUGCUGUAAGUUGUUGUGAAGAAUAUUAUUUCUCAGUUUGUCAAAUAUUCUAAGCAGUUUAUUUUAGGCAUACUGCACGACUGAGGCCGAUGCUGGCUCGGAUGUCGCGAAUGCCAAAACAAAGGCAGUCAAAGACGGAGACGACUACAUUCUUGAUGGAACAAAGGUUUGGAUCUCGAAUUGUGGUCUUGCCUCUUACUAUUUUGUUCUCGCUAAAACCGAUCCAAAAGCGUCUCCAAGCAAGGCUUUCACUGGAUUUAUUGUGGAUAGAAAUCUGCCUGGAGUUAGUGUUGGAAAGAAGGUGACUCUUUACUUCUAUUAUAUUACACUUGGAUCAUUACUUUGUUUUUGAUAUUGUUAUCUUUUGUAGGAAAGAAACAUGGGACAACGUUGUUCAGACACCCGUAGUCUUAACCUGGAAGGAGUCCGCGUUCCGUCUAAGAACGUUGUUGGCAAUGUGGGCCAAGGAUUCUUAUUGGCCAUGAAAGCCUUUGACCGAACGAGACCAAUUGUUGCUGCCAUGGGAUGUGGGGUACAACAGAGAUGUAUAGAUGAAGCUGGACAAUAUGCUGUCACCAGGAAGUGUUUCGGAAAAGCAAUCGCUGAUCAUCAGGUGGGUAUUAUAUUUUUUAUUGAAUAAUUUUUAUAUUGAACAUGAGGUUUUAUUGAUAAUAAUAUUUUCAGGGGAUUGGUUUUAAGUUGGCAGAUAUGGCUGUGAAUCUAGAAGCCUCGAGACUGUUGGUGGAGAAAGCUGCCAGGAAAGUGGAUGCUCAGGCGGAAGACGCAACUUAUUACUCGUCAGUUGCCAAGGUCUUCAGUACCGACAGUGCCUUCAAAGCUGCGUGUGAAGCUGUUCAGGUAAGGUUGUACAUAUUAUUACGUGAAAAGUUUUAAAAAAAUAAUAAAUUUCGCUUUUAGAUUUUUGGUGGAAAUGGUUUCAACACCGAAUAUCCAGUGGAAAAGCUCCUCCGCGACUCCAAAAUCCUCCAAAUUUAUGGCGGAACCAGUGAAAUUCAGAGAUUAGUUGUAUCCAGAAAAGUCGCUGCUCACUACAAAUAG